AUGGCCCAAGAAAAAGUUAACUUAAUCCAAGAAAAGACUAACAUAAUCCGAGAAAAGGCUGGCAUAAUUCGAGAAAAGAAUAACAUAAUACGAGAAAAGAAUAACAUAGCCCAAGAAAAGGCUAAUUUGCUCCAAGAAAUUGGUAACUUAGUCCGAGAAAAGGCUAGUAUAGUUCGAGAAAAAGUUAACGCAGUCCGAGAUAAGGGCAACAUAGUCCGAGAAAAAUGUAAUAUAAUCCGGGAAAAGGAUAAAAUAGUUCGUGAAAAUGAUAACACUGUCUAUGAUAAUAUGAUACACGAGAAAGAUACCAUGAUCCAAGAGAAGGAUAUCAUAAUCCAAGAGAAGGAUGUCAUGAUCCAUGAGAAGGAUUCCAUAAUCCAGGAUAAGUAUCAUUCGAUCAACGAGAAAGAUGGUGUAUUCUACGAAAAGGAUACCCUGAUCCACGAGAAAGAUACCAUGAUCCAAGAGAAGGAUGCCAUGAUUCAUGAAAAGGAUAAAGAAAUUCAGAGGAUUUAA